UCGUGUCUUUUCUGCCUUAAUUCAAUAGAUCAGAAGAUUAAUAUAAUAAUCCACUCCACAAAUCUAGAAAAAUUCUCUUUGAUAAAGUACUACAGUUACAAAAUUCGUAAUCAUAAAAGCGAAAUUUUAGCACUGAAUAUUGGUUAAAUUGAAAGCAGACGAAAAGAUGGAAAGCAACUACGAUGAUAAUCUAAAGACCUGGAGUGGCGGCGAAAGGCAGAGUUUGUUUCCUGCGGACUUGUCCAUUGGAGAGAUUAUCUUCCAGGAAAUGGAACGCCACCCAAAACACAUUGCCCAGAUUUCCCUCACGGACGAUAGUGUGCUAACCCGUGAGGAACUUUUACUUAACGCAAAGAGAGUGGCAAGUUAUAUGCGGAAUCUGGGUCUUGGACAAAAUGACAUCGUGGGAGUCAUGGGUAGACACACUAAUCACUUGGCGGCUGUGGCGUAUGCCUGUUUCUUCAACGGAACUCCCUUUCAUGCCCUACAUAAUGCAUAUGAACCAUCUACAAUCGAGACACUUUUCGGUCUCACCAAGCCACGACUGAUCUUCUGCGAUGGAGAUGACUUUGAAAAGGUUCGAGCAGCCACUGAAAGUCUCCAGGUGAAGAUAAUUACCAUGCGCAAUCAUCCGACAGGAUCAAUUCGGAUCCAGGAUGUUUUGACAACUCCCGUGGACCGGAACUUUAAGCCAUUCCGAUUAAAAAAUGGCACUGAUCAAACCCUGGCCAUUCUUAGUUCUUCUGGCACCACAGGAGUUCCCAAGGCAGUCACUAUCAGCAAUAGUCACCAGAUUAUUGUGUCAUUUCUCCCCAUGAACAACUCGAUCGUUCAUUAUACGUCAAGUACCCUGGACUGGUUCUCGGGACUCACAAUGACCAUUAUCGCAGGAGUGUUUAGUACAACGAGCAUUAUUGCAGACAGUGACUUUGAUCCAGGUCUUUUAUGCAACGUAAUCAAGAAGUAUAAGAUCUCGUUGGUGCUUUUGAGUUCCUCCUACAUAGCCAUGUUUGCCAACUGCCCGGAGUUCAAAUCGGCUGAUCUAUCUUCCUUAAAGUACUUAUUUUAUGGAGGUUCAAACUGUUCUCUGGAAGUUCAGAAUCAAGUGCGUAGCCGUCUAAGCCACGAUUGUCUGCAUUUUUGUUAUUCCCUAACCGAAUUGAACAGUGUCGGAUGCGUAAACUUUAAUUUUGAUAGGAAGCCCAACUCAGUGGGCCGUCCUGUUAAAGGCACUAAGUUAAAAAUAAUCGACAAGCAGGGCGAAUCUCAAGGACCAAAUAGUGCCGGUGAGAUUUGCUUUUAUAGUGGUCAAAAAUGGUCUGGGUAUUUUAAGAAUCCAGAAGAAUCUAGAAUAAUACAGGACUCCCAGAACUGGUUUCACAGUGGAGACUUGGGUUACAUGGACGAGGACGGAUAUCUAUUCAUUAUUGAUCGCCUAAAGGAUAUGCUCAAGUUUCAGAACAUAAUAUAUUAUCCCAGCGAGAUAGAAAAGGUCAUUGCCGAGAUUCCAAAUGUUGUCGAGGCUUGUGUCUUUGGCAUAUGGGAUGCAGAGAAUGGAGAUGAAGCUGCUGCUUCAGUGGUCAGGAAGCCAGGAACUCAACUGGAGGCCCAGGAUGUGGUGGACUACGUGCGGAAACGUAUAGCUGCCAAGUAUAAACAGUUGAACGGCGGUGCUUUAAUUGUAGAUCAAAUCAGUGGUUGUGGAAGCAGAAAAAUAAACAGGGCAGCAGCAAAAGCUUACUAUUUAAAACAUAUGAAUAAUAAUUAA